GUUUCUUUUCUCUGUUCUCUUAUCAUUUUUAUUUUUCUCUAAAGAUUCAAUAUAUUUUUCCUCCUUUAUAUGCUUAUCAAACUUGCAGAACUGAGAAACUUGUUGUUUAGAUGGGAAUUAAUAUCACUCAACGGAUAGAGAAGUUGCCUCAUUCCUACAAGAUGCACUCUUCUAUGUGUUUAGAGUUGAAGAGUUUAGUUGAUAGGGUCAUGAGAAUCUUUCCUGAUAUAGAAAAUGCUAGACCUGGAUCCUCCACAGGGAUACAUACUCUAUGUUUGAUCAACAAAGCUUUGGAGAAAGCUAAGCUGCUUCUUCAAUACUGCAGUGAAUCCAGCAAACUCUACAUGGCAGUAACAGGAGAUGCUAUACUCUCAAGAGGUUGUAGAGCCAAAAAUUUAUUAGAGCAAAGUUUAAGUGAUAUCAGAAGCAUGGUACCAACUGUUUUGGCUACUAAGAUAACUCAGGUAGUCCAAGAUCUUAGGUCAACUGUGUUGGCUCUAGAAUCAUCUGAAGAAGAAGCUGGAAAAGCUGUUAGAGAACUGAUGAAGCGGAGCACAUCUUCUUCCUCUGUUUCUUCUGAUGAGAUCAAAGAUUUCCAUUACGCAGCACUGAAGCUCCAGCUUUCAACACCUGAAGCCGUUGUGAUUGAGAGAAGAUCACUGAAGUCACUGCUCUCAAAACUAAGCGAGUGUGAGGUGAACAAGAGACAGAUCUUGAAGUACCUUCUCUGUCUACUUAAAAAGCAUGAGAAGAUCAUCUUGAGAGAUCAUAAAGAGAACUCCUUCACACAGCUUCAGUCCAUCAAUGAUUCUGUGUGUGCUAGUGUUGCAGAAGCAGGGUGUUCUGAGGAACGCAAUGCUACACUUCCUGAGCAGUUCAAAUGUCCUCUUUCUCUUACCGUCAUGUAUGAUCCUGUUAUCAUCUCCUCAGGCCACACCUUUGAGAGGAUGUGGAUUCACAAAUGGUUUGAUGAAGGUAAUGAGUCUUGUCCUAAAUCAAGAAGGACACUAGAUGACUUCACAAUGAAGCCUAACCUAGCCAUGAAGGAGCAGAUAUCAAAGUGGUGUUCCAAACACGGUCUUGAUGUUCAAGAUCCAACAACAAAGCACACAAAGUCUUCACACAAUCUUGACUUCUCCAUAUCUAGUUUUGGAAGUUCUUUGUGCAACAUCCCAGACCUCAGCUGCUUCACGAGUAGGGACUUCAGCUCUAGCUUUUCCACUGAUUCACCAUCUUACUCUCAGAUGGCAAAGGGUGGUUACUUCAUGCCAAUGCAGACGAUAGCUUCUGAAUCAGGAACUGAAGUCACAGAUUCUAGUCAAAGCGAGGUGGAGAUAGAGCCUUUAUUUGAACUCGCUAAGCUUCCAUGGGAGGCUCAGGUCAAGACCAUUCAAGAUGUAAGGAAACGUUUUGAGCACAACUCUAGAGCUUUUCAGUCUAUGUCACCGAGUAAGUUUCUUGAGCCACUUAUCACAUUUUUGAAGAAUGCUGCUGGCACCAAUGCAGACACAAUAAAGAGUGGGUUGGAUUUGUUGUUGACUUUCCUUAAUGGAAACAGAAGGGCUAUAGAGGCUUUGGAAGAAGAUGUUUUUGAAACAUUGUCUCUCUUUUUAGGGUUUGAGUUAUUAGUAGUUGAAGGAGCUCUGAAUGUACUUGAGGUUCUCUCUAACCAGCCGCACAGUCUCUCCAAGAUAAUUUCAUCAGGCUCCCUCUCUUCUCUUGUGAAGAUGGCUGAGUCUGGAGCAGAACAUCUCCAAGAACAAGCUAUGAUCACACUCAAGAACCUGUCCUCAAGCAGUGAGAUUUGUUUGGAAAUGGUGUCUCUAGGUUUCGUCAAGAAACUCACGCCUUUCUUGCAACAAAGCUUCUUCAGCAAACACUCUAUCAUCUUUCUGAGGAACCUCUGCAACACUGAGAAAGGUCGUGUUUGUGUAACCGAGACACCAGGCUGUUUAGCUUCAAUAGCUGAGUUACUAGACUCAAAUGUUCCAGAGGAGCAAGAGAAUGCAAUCUCCAUCCUGUUACAGCUUUGUGUGGAGAAGAUAGAGUAUUGCAACCUUGUUGUGAGGGAAGGAGUUGAUAUUUAUCCAUCUCUUUUCUUGAUAUCAAAUAAUGGAACAGAGGAAGCGAAGGUUGGUGCAUCUGAAUUGCUUAGAGCUCUUGAAGAAGUAGAUUUCAACAGAGAACAAGAAGAAGAAGAAGCAACUGCUACAGCUACUUCACAGGUUGUUACUCCAGUUAUGCAUCAGGAUCCUGUAAUAACAACACCAUCUCCAAAGAAGUCUGGUCUAUUUGGACUCAGUUUCUCAAUUCUCAAGAAGAAGAAAAGAUAGAUAAAUGCAUAAAGCUUAGUUAGGCUGUUUGUUUUAACUUAGUCUUCGGAAAGUUAUGUGUUUGUUGAUUUAGGUUUGUAUGUGUUGAUACUAAUCCAAAGAGCCUCCUCCAUUGAUGCAAGAAAUGUAGUUGUAAUUUGAUAGGGAACGUAUUAUGAGGAAUAUAGUAUGCAAUUUGUAAAUCAUUAACUCAUAAAAAUGGUCAUUUCUUUUAAGUAAACUUUGUCAUGUUUGCAACAUCUGCAGAGAUGGUUAUG